AUGGAUGACACAACGGAAAUUAGUUUUUCAUUUUUCUUCCGUGGUUUCAAUGCAUCAAAAUUUGUUCUCUAUGGGUGUCUUCUAUCAUUUGCGGUGCUGCUAGCUCUUCAGCUGGACCAUUAUAUUCAGCUUCACUUUGCAUUUAUUUUCCUCCCGUUAUGGAUCUGCACAGGAAUUGUUGUUAUUGCAGCAAUUACUGGAGUAAUAUCUUUCGUUCUCAAACCGCCAUCAAUAAAUGACAUUCAACUGAGGGUGGAUUUCGCCGCGAUGUUGCUAACAACCAUCGAGCAUGUGAUCCUCUGUUCAUUUGAAGUUCUCAUCUUUUACAAGCUGGAAUACGCCCCGGAUGAUCCACAGUUUUCAUGGAUCUUUGUUUUCACUCCUUUGUUCUGCUUAUCAAUCUUCGCGAUCUCAUUAUCAAUUUGGGCCAUUAGACACGAUAAACCUUUUGAACUCGAAUUAUUCUUCUCUAUUAACAUAGUGCAGUUUGUUUUUAUUGCUUUCAAAUUGGACCAACAGAUCGAUUGGGGAUGGGCAGUGGUUUUCAUUCCGCUUUGGGUGGUCCUCUCCUUGUCUGUUGUGGGAGUUCUUUACGCCUUGAUUCUUGCUGUUCUUCUGGCGCGAAGCAGACAUUUGCUGCAUCGAAGACAUCAUCUUUAUUCCGCAGUUUUUCACACACUUCUUGUGAUUCCAGCGUUGGUGUGCCUAGUUCUUUUGACAGGAAAGUUGGAGGCCCUGCAUCAAAGCGAGGAGAUUCCAUAUACGGUGGUGAUCACUCCAUUGGCUGUCUCUUUGUUCUGCAUGAUGUUAAUGGCCUGUGGAAGUCGCGGAGGGAAUAUUUGGUGGUUCGGCUUGAGAGCGCCGGUGUGUACGUGGCUUCUCGCUGCAUGCCCUUGCAUACGAGUUUACGCCAACGUUAGCUACCGCAUUGGAGCCAAGAGACCGUCGAGUAAUGCUGGUGAGCCACCGCCGUUACUUUCAAGCGAAGAGACCGAGCGUGGGCAGAAGCAGAUCGUACAAAUCAGAUACAUCGAGAGUCCCGAU